GAAGAGCAAUCAGGAUUACUACCGACUCUUCAUCCGGACGAUCGCGGGAAAAAGUGCCUUGUUUUGGAUUUGGAUGAGACUCUGGUGCAUUCUAGUUUCCGGGCAGUUCCUGGUGCUGAUUUUGUGAUUCCUGUACAGAUCGAAGAUGUUGUACAUUUUGUAUACGUUGCGAAAAGACCUGGCGUUGACGAGUUCCUGAUCGAGAUGGCAAAGCACUACGAGAUUGUCAUCUACACUGCCAGCCUCAACAAGUACGCCGAUCCGUUAUUAGAUCUAUUGGAUCCCCAUCAAACGAUUCGUAUGCGUUUAUUUCGUGAAUCUUGUGUUUACUACGAAGGAAGCUAUGUCAAGGACUUGUCUUUACUGGAUCGUGAUUUGUCCCAAGCAAUCAUCAUUGACAAUUCUCCCAAUUCAUACGUCUUCCACCCGGAAAACGCUAUUGAUUGUUCUUCAUUCAUUGACGAUCCGAGAGAUAGAGAACUCGACCAGAUUUCAGCCUUUCUCAAGGGGAUCAAGGACGUCAAAGAUGUCCGUGGCGUUGCACCUCGCUGGCGCGACUGGCCUGAUGUGGCUAUUGAGGAGCAAUGA